AUGGAUGAUAAGUUUAAUGUUACAUAUAUAUCUUUUAAUGGGUAUGUGGAAGUUCAGAGGUACAGGUAUCUUUAUUUUUUUAUCAUGUUAACAGUAUAUUUUUUAAUAAUAUGUUGUAACUCUACCAUUGUGUACCUUAUCUGGAAACAGAAAAACCUUCAUGAACCAAUGUACAUUUUUAUUGCAGCUUUGCUCACCAACUCUGUUGUUCUCAGCAGUGCUGUCUAUCCAAAAUUCUUGAUUGACUUUUUAUCAGAGAGACAAAUUAUAUCUUAUUCAGCUUGUCUAUUUCAGUUUUUUAUAUUUUACUCUAUAGGUAGCUCAGAGUUCUUACUCUUGUCAGCCAUGGCCUAUGACAGGUACGUGUCUAUAUGCAAACCUCUGCAAUAUCCAACUAUCAUGAGAAAAAACACAGUGUGUACUUUACUGUUUUUCGCUUGGCUUGUUCCUGCUUGUCACAUUGCUAUCCCAGCAAUACUGAGUGCAAAAAAUAGAUUGUGCCAUUUUACUCUAAAAGCAAUAUUCUGUAUUAAUACCAUAUACAUCUGA